CACCAAAUCUUCACUUGAGCUUUGAUCUACUGAGAAAAAUGGGGAUAUGGGAUUUCAUUUCCGGAACAACCAAUUCACUGAAACGCAACGCUCCGGAUCUAACGGCUGUGAAGAACUGGUGCCCCACACCUGGUUCCCUCAAACGAAUCGCACCAGAUGUAACGACUGCGAAGAACGUGUGCUCCACCGCUUACAGUUAUGGGUCAGCCACUGUUACCCAUAUCAACAGCGUCGUCAGGGGUAACAUGAACCACUACCUUCAGGACGAGGAAGCCCGGUCCAAGAUCCUCCAGUUGGGCAAGAGCAUCGUUACACACGCUGCCAUCGAGGGCCUCAAAACCAUCCCAGGUUACAAUAUUGUUAACAAUUCAAUCAAAGACAUGAAGGACACCGAUAAACAAAAAGUGGAUGUGGAGGCAUUGCAGGCUGAUGUACGCAGAUUGUAUAAAGAACUCAGCAAAUACAGGAAACUCCAUGAGCAAGUCCCGAUAGAUCAACCAAUUCCAGAUUGGCCUUGUUUGUAAAUUGAGUGCAAAAUGUAAGCUGCCGAGUCUGGUUUAAGGAAGGUUUUCAUAAACUGAAGUUAACUGGUUUUGCAUGGCUGUUCUGUUAUGUGCUGUUGGAAAUUACUUGCGACGUGACUAUUCCUAUGAAUGAUUACUUUCAUAUACCCAAUGGCAAGCAAUACUUUUGUACUUUCAUAGUCUACUUAUUCAGGGUUUAGGGAAUGAAAGAAUCUGGAUUUCUGACCACAUUCUCCAUAGGGCCCUCUUAUCUCUUCCUUCU